CCUUCUUCUUUUAGGCAGCCCCCUUCCCACACACACCUCUCCGCUAUCAAAAAAUCAAAAAUAAAAAUCAAAGCUUUUCUCUGAACUUCUCUCUCUCUUUUACAAUUACACGCUCUUUCAUCUUUCUCUCUCCUCUUUCUCUCAUAUUUUGAGGAAUAAAUAUCAUUUUAAUUUUUUGUUAAAUUUGGGUUGAUUAUUUGGUUAUGGCAACAAUAACAGCAUCAUUAGAGCGAUCACUACAAAACUGCUCCCUAAACCAAACCACCAGAACCCGCAGAGGUAACAGCGGUGGUGGUGGUGGGUUAGGGCGGUCAUCGUCGUCUGAUUCACCGGAGAUGAUUCAAAAUCAUAAAAAUCACAACCGUAGUAGACGGGGAAAUUAUGAAUCAUCAGUGACGACGACACGGUGCUCAAACGCAUCUUCAUCAGAUGAAAAUUCAACGUUUUUAGAACUCAACUCCCAUGUUUCUCUCCCUUACCAUUGGGAGCAAUGCCUUGAUUUGAAGACAGGGGAAUUAUAUUACAUAAAUUGGAGUAAUGGGAUGAAAGCAAAAGAAGAUCCAAGAACAACAGCAACAGGCUACAAUGGUGAUUACUAUUCAGAAGAGGAGGAAGACGAUGAUGACGACGAAGAGGAGGAAGAUGAAGAGAGCAACUGCUACGAUAGUGAGAGUUCAUAUACUGAUCAAUCGUCACCAUGUUCUAGCAAUCGAAAAGAGAGUUUCAGAUCAGUCAAGAAACAUCAACAACAACAACCACAACCACAACAACACCAGCAAAUGAACCAAGACUCGGUGUUAGUAGUGGCGGGUUGCAAGAGUUGCUUAAUGUACUACAUGGUACCUAAGCAUGAGGAAGACUGCCCCAAAUGUUCUGAUUGAAAACGACUACGGAGUAGUUAAUAAAAACAUGGAUGUCGAUGUCCAUUUGUGAAUGUUAAUCCACCAUUGGUUGGCUUAGCUUAUGGAAGGAGAAUUUAACCAAUGUUACUAAGGCGUAAGCAUUCAGAAGACCACAAGCACGGAUUAGUCAAUGAAGAAGCCAUUUUUACCUAUUUUGAGCUAGUUUGUUGAAACGCAAGCAAAUCGGCUGUUGCCACGUAGUCCUAAUAUUAAAGAAUUAAGAAUAAGUUUAAUCAUGGUUGACUUGAUAACCUUUAUUAUUUAUAUUUUUUGGUUGCCCAUCUUUUUCGGCCCCUUUUCUAAAAGCUAAGAUGUAACCGAAAGUAUGAUCAAGUAGUUUGACCCUUAUUCUACGGGAGGCGAGAUCUGUUUAUCCAUCAUCAUCCAUGCUACAAAGUUAAAGUUGUUGCUGUUAUGGACGUAGGCUAGCGCAAUCAUUCAUAUUUCACCACCACCUUCAAGUCAGUUGGUACAUUUAACUUGUAUAUUGACAAACAUGAAAAUUAAAGUGUUGCGAGUAAUAAGAAACUGACAAGGUUGUAAAUGUGUUAGAAAAUGUUAUUU